GAGCUGCGACGGCCCGCGGCCCUGGCGCCCGCCCCGCCCGCGACGGCGGCGGCCUCGGCGCCGCCGGCGCCGAGAGCGGAGGAGGAGGGGCGCCCAGCCGCCACGGGCGCCCCAGGGGAGGAGGCCGGCAGCGGCAGCGGCGGCGGCGCGCGCGUGCGACCGCGGACCACGGCGCUUGCGGAGCCGAAGGAGGAGGAGGAGGCGACCGAAGGCCCUCCCGCGAAGAGGGCAAAGGCGAAGGCCGAGGAGGAGGCCGAUGCAGCUGUGCCAGCGCACUUUCCGCCCGGGUGCAUUCCAGACCCGAAGGCAACGAUCCCUUGGUUGCCACCAGGGUGGUCGGCGGCGAAGAAGUGGACCUCGAAGCAGGAUGCAAGGUGCCCCGGUGGCAACCUGGCCCGCUGCUACGUCGGCCCCAAGGGCGACAUCGCUUGGCACAGGGACAAGGUCGAGAGGCUGGAAGGGCGAGCGCUGGGGCCGCACGAGGAGCGGACCCAGGCGCAGGCCGCGGCUGCCGCCUCGCCGCGCGGCGCCCAGGCCGGCGCGGCCCCAGCGAGCCCCGCCACCACAGCUAGCGCACCCGCAGCGCCGCCUGCCGGCGGCAGCCGCCUGCUGGCCGCGCCAGACGCCGACGCCGAGCGGCUGGCGGCGCUGAGGGCGCGGCUCCGGGAGCUCACGGCGGCCGCCGAUGAGGAGAAGGAUCCUCGCUUCGAGCCCUGGGAGCACAAGUUGAUCUUCGAUGGAAAACUGCCAAGGGUGAAUCUCAGAAGGAGGUCGGGUUGA